UACGCAAAUACCAUGACAAACUUGCAUAUCGUCCACCACUGAAAGCAGUUUAUCAAACACAUCGUCGUAAAACUAGACACGGGGGAGAAGAAGGACAUCUUUAUUAACAGAAUGCCAUCUGAAUCGGCGAAUGUGAAGGUGUUGGCAAGGUGUCGACCAUUGACACAAGAGGAGCAGAACAAAGGUGCCAAAUCUAUCGUGAAGGUGUCAGGAGACAAAGUAAUAGUUGAUGCUGCAGGAAAGGAAUCUGCGUUUUCAUUUGAUGCAGCAUAUUCAAAUGAAGCAAAGAAUCAUCAGCUGUACCAGGAGAAAUGUGAAGCCCUGGUUCAGAGAGCACUCACAGGUUACAAUGUCAGCUUUCUGGCUUUUGGAACAGCGGGGUCGGGGCGGAGUUUCUUGUUGAAAGGAAGCGACCAGGAUCCAGGUAUUGUACCACAGAUGAUAGACACCCUCUUCAAACAGAUGGCAGACAGCAGCAAGAAGGCCUACCUGGUGACAGUGUCCUACUUGGAGGUGUUGGAUGAGAAGUUGACUGACCUGCUCAACCCCCACGACCUGCCGAUGGAGGUCCGUCAACAUGUACAGAAGGGGAUCUAUGUGGAGAAGUUGUCCGAGGUGGUGGUCCAGUCAGCCGAGGAGCUGUACCGCAUGUAUGACCAGGGCACGCGUGCCAGGAAGAUGGGCGCCGCAGACAUCAAGACUCACAGAACCAGAGCUCAUUCCAUUUUCUCUGUGGGCAUUCAUCAGAAGGAAAAACAUUCGAGCAAACUUGGUGUGAAGUCUGUCAUCAACGUGUUUGACUUGGCGGGUACGGACACUAAGAACUCUGACUCAGGCUCUGGCACCACGGGGCUGAUGAACCUGCUGGAAGUCCUAGGGGAUGGCAAGAAGAAAGGGGGUUAUCUCCCCUACAGAGAGACCAAGAUCACACAGCUGCUACAGGAUGCCCUCGGGGGCAACUCUCUCUCCCUCAUGGUGGGGCUGGUAGGACCUGCAGAUUCCUGCUACCACGACACCCUUGCGACUCUGCAGCACGCCCAGUACGCUCGCUCCGCCAAGAACAAGGCCUAUCAGAACAUGGAUGAGACGUACACCAUCAUCACCGAUCUGAGAUUCGAGAUCUCAAAGCUGAAGGAUAAGUUAGCAGCAUCAGAACCGAACAAGGACGAUGUGGACAAACUAGAGGGCCUGGUACACGAUCUCCAGACAGCCAAGAAGCAGACAUGGGAAGAGAAGGAAAGAGUCUCCAAGAAGGUCGAAGAGGAGAGGAAAACCAACCUGGCUAACAAGGGAGUGCUGGAGUGGGUGAUGCACUCCAUGAAGAAGGGCAGCCAGGAGCUCCAAGACAGACUUGUCAUCCUGCAGAAGGAGAAGGAUCAGUUGACCUUGAAGCAGAAGGAGAAGAGGAAAGAACUGGAUGACCUCAAGGAAGACCUGCAGAAGAAGAUCACUGAGUUUUCUAAACUCACGGAGAAAGGCAAGAUGUCUGAAUCCGACACAAAGAGUCGCGUCAACAACAUCCAGACCUUGAAGGAGAAGAUCAAGCUGGAGACGGACUCCUUCCGGAAGCUGAAGCAGGAGAUGAAGGUCCUCCAGGACAAGCAGACGGCCGAGAGGGAGGGCAGCCAGAUGCAGGCCACAGCACUGAAGGGCAACUUGGAGCUGCGCAAGAAGAUUGUGCAAGAAGAGUUGUCGAAGCUGGAGGUGGAGCACAAGGCUGUCCUUGAGGAGGAGCUGGAGAGGGUCAAGAUGGAGGUGCAGCAGGACCACACUGACAUACAGCUGCGAGUGGCGGAAGGCAAGCAGUACCAGCUGCAGGAAGCUGUGGCGCUGGACAUGGAGCUGGCCCAGCUGAGACAGGAGAAGUCCUUGAUGACCACCAGGCUGGAGUCUCUCCAGAGGGAGAAGGAGUUUGUGCAGAAGGAGCUGGGCGAGGUUCACCGAGUGCACAAGGAGGAGAUGGAGCUUCAGCAGCUGCAGCACUUCCAGUCUUUCCGCCAGUACCGGGAGAUGUUUGAGGAGCAGAAGGCCGUGAUUGAUCAGCGCUACCGUGCUCUCCUGGAGGAUGCCAUCCAGGACGCGGUCUUCCUCUCCAGCCGCAACACCGAGCUCGUCACUGAGAACCAGCAGCUCCGACAGUAUAUCGGAGGACUCAAGGAUGCUGUGACCAAGUCAGGGGGCAGAAUCCCCCCCUCGGAUAUCAUGCUCUAGGUUAAGGAUCUGGGAUUGAGGAAUUCCACUCAAGUAUUAAGCAACCAAGAUCAAAAAUGACCUUUUUAAGCCAAGAAUCUUUUUUAAUAUUUAUUACAUUUCUGCAACUCAUGAUAGUGGCCAUCCUUAAAUAAUUGCAUAUAAUUCACACGCCUGUGACUGGCUGGAAAAACAGACCACUCGUUCCUAUAAAAAUAUUUUCAAACAUUUAAGUAUAUUAAAAUGCAGCACUUGUGUAGAAUUUGAUAAUCUUUUAAUUAUUUGUUGAUAAAUGGGUCUAAAAAUCAAAAUAUUUCACUGAUUGCUGUAAGCUUUUGACCUAUUAAGAUAUAUACAAUGCUUAAAUGUAACUAGUGCAUAUUGUGAACAAGGCCCACAGCAAGACAGCCCGUAUUGUCUGGUCGUACACAUGGCUGAAUGAUGACAGAGGAAUAUAGUUUUACUGCUUAUAUAAUUUUGUGACACUGACAUGAAUAUGUCAUGGGAGUGGGCUAUUUUUGUUUUUAUUUAUUUUCAUACCUUAGCUUUAUAUGAAUCUUUGCACAAUGAAUAUCAAAAUGGUGUUGGGAGAAGAUACCAAUAUAUAUGCAUUUAUUGUUUAUCAAAGUUCUACUUUGCCAAUUUUACAGUCUGUGAUAUUGAACAGAGGACAUUAUAUAUGAUCAUAUGCACAGAUUCAGAUUUAUCACAUAUGUUCAUUCUGUUUUGACACAAUUGCAUGUCUAGUCUGCCUCUUCUUUGUUAAAUAUAUCUAUUAUAAACAGAAAUAUUCCAACUUAAAUUUGUAUCCACCCCUGCGUAUUUUGGGGGAUACAGCUACAUGUAUGAGGACUUGUUCAAUAUUUUCUAACUUUGUAUAUAUCUGAAGCCAGAGCGUGUUUGUGUUUUGAGAAGAUACCUUCAGAAAACUUUAGUAUCAUGCAUAUGAUCUUUUCAAUUUUCACCCCAAAUAAAAAAUAAAAUAUUGUUUCAGAAAAAUUAUCAAACCCAUUUAAGAGUUAGUUUCAAAAUAUUAAAGCAUGCAUUGUUUUGUUGUGAGCCUUCAUAAUUCUGAAAUUAGGAAGUCAAAUCGUAGCAUUUUGGGUGAGGGAGUAUAAACUGAAAAUGUGUUGUGAUUAAUGUUGGAUUGAGGAGACAAUGUCAUGGCUAUACUAUAUCUCAUGUUUGUUAUCGCAUGCAUAUGUAGAAUUCAAAGAGUUUAAAUUUCUACAAUUGCAGUCAGUGUCAUUGGCUGUCUGUGUGUAUUAAUGGGAUGCGGACAGCAUCAUGUUCUGUCCCUGAUCUCUGGUUCAUGAAGAAUGCUCAUGGUGACACGUUUGGUGAUUUCUAACAACCGCUGGCGGUUGUCAAUUGCAAUAAUUUCAUUUUGUGAUAGUAUUAUAGUUUACCAUAUUCUGAUGAAAUUGAAAUUCUAAACAUAUUGUUCUGAAUAUGUAUGAUUUUAAUACUCAGAUUUGAAAUAAUAUAUAUUUUAUUGUUAAAAUUAGUUAUGUACCAUUGCAGCAUUUGUGUGAACAAUCAAAUUUUGUAACACUUAUAUAUUCGAUAGGAUGGGCAAACCAGGCGUCACUCAUCAAUGUAAAUACAUGAACAAUUAGAGAAUAACUAUGAUGAAAUAUCAUCCUACAGGGAAACUUCACAGACUUCAUGUUAAUCUUCUGAUGACCUAGCCUUGUUAAUAUUUGAAAUUAUGAAUAAUGGGGGAGUAUAACAUCAUAUUGAUUCAACUGCCUAAUCAGUUUUGAGACCUGCUCACAUUACAUCUGCAAAUAUCAGAAAAAUAUUUUCACUAUUAAAAAGCAAGAAUCUCCAGAGUCUGGCCUCAUCCCACAAAGCAGAUGCCAUUUUCAGUCUUGGUCUACAGACAUAACAAGCAUCAUUCCAGUGAUAUGCAUUGUACAAUAGGUGUGAAAGAUAGACAAAGUGGUGUUUGAACAAUUUAAAAAAAAUACUGGUUGGGCAAUGAAUCGACAACCAAAAUUGUACUGUGUAUUCCGUCCAAUUAUUGUUAUCAAAUAAACUUUUUUUUAUCUUU